GCGAAAAAUGACGAAAAAACAUGUCUAGCUUGGAGCAAGUUUGUCGUUUGUGUCUAAAUCCGUGCGAUUCGGACAACGUCGACUUGGAUCACGGAUUUAAUGCGAGAAUGCGCGCCGCUAUUGAGGAAAUUUUUCAAAUUUUGGACAUCGCAGAGACGAAUUUCCCGAAAAAAGUUUGUUUGUUGUGCAAAGAGAAAACGCUCGAGUUCUAUAAUUACUUCACAUUAGUCAAAAGUAACCAGAAUAUCUUGAGAAAUGCACUCGGGAAGAAGGUGGAAACGUUAAAAAUUGAACCAAACACGUCUGAGGAGUCGAUACAAUUUGUUGGGAUCUCAGGUUCGUCGCGGCAAAAACCUUCUCCGGAACAGGAACAAGUCCUCGUCGAAGUCUGUGUCAAAGAAGAAGGCGAAAAAAUCGAUUUUGAUCAACUUUAUGACGAACGAGACCCGGAAGAUUUCCUCCCAGAAGCUGUCAAAAUCGAAGAAAAGCCAAAAUUUGCGAAACCUGUCGCGCCAAAGAAACUUCGCGUCACAAAAUCAUCAAAAUCGAAGUCAACAAAGGACGUUUCUCCCAAAAAAUACAACAAAAAAGGCCAAAAAGGUCAUCGGAGUUGCGAUUUGUGUGGCGCGACAUAUGAAUAUCGCGAGCUUUUGGUGACUCAUAUGAAGCGAAGGCACAUUUUCGAGGAUGUCGAAUGUAAUAUUUGUCAUAAAAAGUUCGAUAAUAAGGUCAAGUUGCAAUCCCACACGGCACAUCACAAUAAAAAGCACAUGUGUGAGAUCUGCAGCAAGUCCUAUGUGUCGCCGAAUCAGCUGAAGAGACAUAUGCAAGUGCACAAAGUCGUUUCCAAUGAUUUUAUUUGCAGUAAAUGUGGGGAGGGGUUUGCGACGAGGAAUUUGUUGGCGGAUCACGUGAGGAAAUCGCAUGAUGGAGACGAUGAUGGGCAGCUUUUUACUUGCAUGUGUGAUAUUUGUGGCAAAAAGUUCUUGGAAGAAAGCAGCAUGAACGUCCACAAAAGAACGCACAACCCAAACAUCAUCAAAGCCCUUUAUUGUCCCGUUAGCACUUGUGGCGAGCGAAUGCGCGAUCAAGCCCACCUUUCGGAACACAUGCAAAUCCACAGCAUCGUCUACAAUUGCACCACCUGCGCUCGCAAGUUCCUCAAUGCCGGCGACUUGGCAGACCACGAAAAAACGCACGAAAACGAGCACCGUCCCUUCGAAUGCCAAAUCUGCCAACGACGUUAUUCCAAUAAGAAUCAACUGAAUGUUCAUGUGAUACGAGUUCAUCGCAAAAACGAAGCAAAUUUGCACGAAUGCGAAUUAUGCUCGAAAACCUUCUUGGCGGCGUGGGAGUUGCGCGUGCACGAACGAAGCCAUUCCAGUGAAAAAAUCGCCAAAUGCCCCAUGUGCGAAAGGUCGUAUAAGAGCACGAACGAUAUUAAGAAACACAUGGCUGUGAAUCAUACGGCAGCACAUUAUCGGUGUCCUGGCACGGGAUGCGAUAAGCAAUUCAAGACAAAGCUGCAUUUCCGGAAACAUUUUAAGAAACAUCAUCCGGAGACUUUUACGUCAGAUACGGCGUUGAAGCAAUAUUGGAUCGAGGACAAAGAGGAAAUGGCAAAUGUGAUGGCGAUUUAUGCGCGAACUUUUUUGAACAGAAACAAGUGAAGAAUUUCAAUAAAUAUAAAAAAUUCUUUAUUAACUAAGUACU